AUGAAAAAUUGCAACAACUGGAGAGGUAUAUCUCUACUGUCUGUACCUGCAGUUUUCCUUAGAGUUAUUGCCAAGCGAAUAGUAGAUGCUUUAGAUGUCACCCUGCGGAAAGAACAAGCAGGUUUUAGAGCCAAUAAAGGGUGCAGUGACCAUAUAUUCACACUCAGAAACAUCAUUGAGCAGCGCAUAGAAUGGCAACACAACAUCGUCAUAAACUUUGUGGACUUUGAAAAGGCUUUUGAUAGCUUGAACAGAGACAGCAUGUGGGACAUAAUGAGAUCGUAUGGCAUACCUGAGAAAAUAAUUAGCAUGAUCAAAUUAUUUUACAACAACUACAGAUGCUGUGUCCUACACAAUGGAACCCAAUCCACCUGGUUAAAUGUACAAUCUGGAGUUAGACAAGGAUGCAUCAUCUCUCCCCUUCUUUUCCUCAUUGUCAUCGACUAG